UUGAUAAAAACACAGACAUAAGAGAACAGCCAGCAUCCCAGAUGCAAGCUCUUCAGUACUUUCUCGGGAUCCACAAGCCCAAGGUGAAAUCAGCCUGAACAUCAGCUUUCAGAGUUGCAGAGAAGUAGUCACCAUGAGUGAUAAACCUAACGAGACUCUCAUCAAAGAGUGCCUGCUCCAGCUGAGAUGCCACUUUACGUGGGGCUUGCAAAUUGACAACACUGAAAUGCUUGAUUUAGAAAACAGGGUCUUUGAUCAGAUUGAGUUCCUGGAUGUCCAAUGCAAUACGAGAAUGUACAACCUGCUGGCCUACGUGAAACACCUGGCAGGUCAGAAUCAAGAAGCCCUGGAGAGUUUGAAAGAAGCCGAAGACUUUCUGCUGCAAGAAUUCGCUGACCAAUCAGACGUGAGAGGUCUGGUCACCUGGGGCAACUAUGCCUGGCUGUACCACCACAUGGGCAGGCUGGGAGAAGCCCAGACUUACCUGGACAAGGUAGAGAAGACGUGCAAGAAGUUGGCAAGUCCCUUUAGCCACAGGAUGGAGUGUCCAGAGCUCGACUGUGAGGAAGGAUGGGCCUUGCUGAAAUGUGGAAGAAAUAAUUAUGAACGAGCCAAGGUUUGCUUUGAAAAGGCUUUGGAAGUAGAUCCUACAAACCCUGAAUUUAGUGUUGGGUAUGCAAUCGUCACCUAUCGCCUGAACAACAUUAAGAGAACAGAACAGGUAAAGAGUCUGGACCCCCUAAAACAGGCCAUCAGAUUGAAUCCAGAAAAUGAAUAUGUUAAAGUUCUCCUAGCACUGUGUCUUCAGGACUUAGGACAAGAAGAUGAAGGAGAAAAGUACAUUGAAGAAGCACUGGCCAGCAAGACCUCGCACACUUACGUCCUUCGGUAUGCAGCCAAGUUUCACCGAAGAAAGGGCUCUCUGGAUAAAGCUCUUCAACUCUUACACAAGGCCCUCAAGGACACACCCUGCUCUGCCUUAGUGCAUCACCAGAUAGGGCUUUGCUACAAAGCACAAAUCAUUCAAAAUAAAAAGGUCACACACUGGCAACCCAGAGGGCAGGAUAGAGAAAAUAUUGGAAGACUGGCAAGAUUAGUUAUAGACCAUUUGGAGUGUGCUGUGAAACACAAGCCUACUUUUGUGAUUGCUUACAUAGACUUGGCAGAAAUUUACAUAGAAAUAGGUGACUACUGCAAAGCUGAGGACACCUACCAAAAAGUGUUAAGCAUGAAAUCACUCUCAGAAGAAGACCUGCAACAGUUGCAUCUCCACUAUGGCAAAUUUCAGGAAUUUCAGAGGAAAUCUGAAGUAAAUGCAAUUAUUAAUUAUUUAAAAGCAGUGAAAAUUGAGAAGGCAUCUUUUUCGAGAGAUAAAAGUAUCAGUGCUUUGGAGAAAUGCGCCUUAAAGAAACUUCGGAAAAAUGAAUUUGACGUGGAAGGCUUGAGCCUCCUUGGGUUCGUGCAGAAGCAGAAAGGAGAAAUCACGAAGGCCCUGGAGAGCUAUGAGCAAGCCCUGAAGCUGGCUGCCGGCCAGGAGAAAUCUCUGGGACAUAAACUCAAAGUUCCAAAGCCAUGAUGCUUAUUUGGCAUUUCACAGUCUAUUUCAUUUUAGAAUAACUGUACUAAUCCAAUCCAAGGUAUGGCUUUUGAAACGUGUAAUUGUGUAGCUACUUGUGACUCUCAAAUACUAUUAUGUAAUUCCCUGAAAUGGUGUACAUUUAAAUAAUAGUUCAAACCUGAUAUAUAACAGCAAUAUGUAGAAAACAAUGAAACAGAACGGCCAUGUCUCUGUGUCAGAAGAGAGAGGAAUUAUUUCUUUGUGAAGUCUCUCUAGAAAUUGCAAUUUGUUGAGUAGAUUUGUAGCAAAGAAAAUACUGAACUUACAUAAAAUAAAAUGCUUAAUUAAUUCAUUUUAAUCAAC